UUAUCACAUUUUUUGUUAAAGGUUAAGUGGAAAACAAAACUAUAAAAUGUUGGCCAACGAUAAUUCGUUAGCCAGUGAAAACCAAGAGGAAAUCGUUGAAAAUAAGUCCGUAGAUGACUUUCUAAGGGAGGGAUAUCAAAUUGUUCAAAAAACUUUAAAACUGUCAAAUGCAUUACCAAGUGGUAAAAAGUUUAAUAUUUAUAUGGUAGACUCCAAUAAAGCCAUUUUACAAACAGUCAGCGAUAACCUCUUAAGUUCUAUGAAUUUAGUAUUAAGGAAAAACGAUAUCAAAGGGAGCAUGCGAAAUAAUAUAAUAGACAAGAAAUCUGAAUUGUUAAUUGAGGCAUGCGAUGUUAUUCUUGAGAGAGUCACAGAAAACAUUGAUGAACAAAAUGGAAUAAAGAAGAAUAAUGUAGAGCCCACAGUAUUUCAAACUGUCAGCGUGCAGGUGCCAAUUAAUGGAUCAUGGAAUCAAUUCACUAGGCCUGUGGUUUCAUCAAGUUCUACUCUUUCCUCACCUCACACGAUACUGCCAGGCCCUACUCAGACUAUCCGAUUGGUUACGGCAGAGAGUAUAGUGAAACCACAAAAAUUUUUCAAAGAUAAAAUUGAUAAUAGCAGAGAAAAGCCCUGGGAACCAAGAAUUAAGGAAAAACCAAAUUCAAUUAAACCACUAGCGAUAUUUUUAGAAGAAACUGCAAAUGGACAGGAGUAUUCACAUCCUUAUGAAUGUGAACUAGACAAGUUUUCACCCUCAGAUGAUCAAUUAGGAAAAAGUCAUGUGAUUAAACCUAAAUUAUUAAGAGAUACACCAUUAGUCGAAAUUACACAGGAGGAACAGUUAAAAGAUUUAAUUGAAGAUCUUCAGAAUUCCAAGGAAAUCGGUGUUGAUCUAGAACACCACUCAUACAGGACUUUUAUGGGUAUAACAUGUCUUCUUCAAAUAUCUACUUUGGAAAAAGAUUAUUUAAUAGACACCUUGGUACUGAGAGAUAAGUUAUUUGUUUUAAAUGAAGUUUUCACCAAUCCAAAAAUUACAAAAAUAUUUCAUGGAGCUCAACAUGAUAUUCAAUGGUUGCAAAGAGAUUUGUCCCUUUAUGUCGUUAACAUGUUUGAUACUUAUUUCGCUGCCAAACAGCUCGAGUAUCCUGGCUUGUCUUUAGCUUAUUUAAUGCAGAAAUUUUGCAACUUUGCACCCAACAAGCAAUUUCAAUUGGCCGAUUGGAGGUUACGUCCUUUACCUGAUGAGUUGAAAUCAUAUGCCAGAGAAGAUACUCAUUAUCUAAUUUACAUCUACCAAAAACUGAAAAAUGAGCUGUUAGAUAGGGCCAAUGGCCAAGAUAACCUAUUGAAAUCUGUGAUACAGAUGAGUACCGAUCUGUGCAAAACCCGGUACCUCAAGCCCAUUUUUAAUGAGGAGAGUUAUUUAAACCUUUAUCGGCUUUGCAGCAGGAUGUUCCACAACAGACAGUUGUUUGCUCUGCAAGAGUUGUACAGGUGGCGAGAUGAAGUGUCACGUGAAGAAGACGAAAGUGUCGGUUAUGUUUUACCAAACAAUAUGUUACUGGAAAUCUCUGAACGAUUGCCUAGAGAAAUGCAAGGGAUUCUUGCCUGUUGUAACCCUACUCCGCCACUGGUAAAAGCCAAUCUACUGCGGUUGCAUAAAAUCAUGUUGAAAGCUCUGGAGCAACCCGUCGAGUUACCCAUUUUAAAGGAAGAUACUCGCUCUAGAGGGAUGACAACAAACUUGUCCAAAUUUAAUAUAAAUAAUCCACUACAUUGUCCUCACGACUUGACAAAUAAAGGAGAAGUUUGCGAUAAUUUGCCUACUCUUCUAGGAGGAGACAAACUCGAUCUAGUUAGUAUAAUUGGGCCCCAAAUCGAGCAAGAAUUAUCCAUUUACUCUCUGUUUAAUACUUCAGAAGAUUCAAAUAGCACUGCCAGGAAUAGAUUCAAAGGAGUGCUAAACUUUUUAAGUCCUUACAAGAGGUACAAAAUGAUUAAGCCUUUUAUACAGGCGAAGGAACAGAAAGUUAUUGAGGAAAAUGCUAAAAAUGUGACAGCAUCUGCUCACGAGCGGCAGAAAUUAAGCGAAAACGACAAUAGAACAGAUAAUGAGAGAAUUGAAAGUAUAAGAAAUCACUUUUUAGAACUUUCAAAUAAGACUCUUGAAAAAGUUCCAGCAAGUGAAAAUAAAAAAAAAAGGAAACGAACCCAAGAAGAUUCAAGUGCUUUGAAAAAAAGGCUUCAGGAAAAUGCGGGAUCUGACGCAAACACACAGAAACCAUUCGAGUCGAAGGGUCGUAAACGAAAGUCACAAGGUGAUGCAGGAGAUAAUUCAAAGGGGAAUAAAAAGAAAAGAAUAAGAAAGACACAAAAGCAGGCGGAGAAUGAGACACAGAAUGAAGAAAAAUCAGUUGGAGAUGAUAAUUCAUCCGCCACAGAUCAAGUUACAAGCGGUAAAAAUUCUAGAAAGGCACAGAAAAGAAAACAGUAUUGGCAAAACCGUAAAAAGGGUGCAAGAAGAAACGUCAAACGUCAAGAUAGCGCGAACCAACAGCAGUUUAGUCCUUACGAUUAUUCUAUGGUCGAUUUCAGGCAAUUCCAAGGGGGCGCCAGGGGAAUCGAACAACCGAAAGCCUUUAAGAGCAAAUUUAAAUCCAAAGGAAAGAAAAGAAAUUCCGGAAAUCCAAAUUCGAAAAAGAAAAACUAAUAUACAAAGUUGUGUUAAUUCUGUUUACUAUUUAUACAUCUAUAGACGUUUGGAAAAUCUAAAAUAAAUCGUAUAUAUUGUUUUCUCUGUCAUUUCU